AUGUUAACUCUGCUUUUAACACUAGUUCACUGGCUGGCCAUUCCGGUUCGGGCUGAGUCAACAUGGCCGGCCAGUCCCUUUAUCACCUCUGGCCGGUGGAUUGCCAAUGCAAACGGAGCCAAUUUUGCCUACGCGGGGGUAAACUGGCCAGCGGCAGGAGAGGUGAUGAUUCCAGAAGGUCUUCAAUACCAAUCUAUCGAGACGAUCGUGGCCAAGGUCAAGAGCCUGGGCAUGAAUGCCAUUCGCUUGACGUACGCCAUUGAGAUGAUAGACCAGAUCUACGACCAUAACGGAAGUGAUAUCCUUCUUGAAAAGGCAUUUAUCGAUGCCCUUGGACAGCGGAAUGGCAGUGAAGCAUACCAGGCUGUUGUUACACAAAAUCCCUCAUUCGGCCCUCAGACUACCCGGCUGCAGGUGAGCUUUUCCCCAACUGGCACCCCCAGCCAUCAAACUGAACAGGAGGUAUAUCUAGACAACCAUGUCUCCAAAGCCAAGUGGUGUUGCACCCCUUUGGAUGGCAACGCAUGGUGGGGAGACCAGUAUUUUUCAACCGCCAACUGGACUAGAGGUCUAUCAUAUAUGGCCGAUCAUGGGAAGAAAUGGCCAAGCCUGACCUCAAUGUCGCUCCGGAACGAACUGCGCCAGCCAUUGCUCAACAUAACACUGUACAAAGAUACCUACAACUGGGAAUAUUGGUACGCUCGUGCCAAAGAGGGCGCUGAUGCUGUCCAUAAAGCAAACCCUAACGUCCUCGUAUUCCUCUCUGGGAUCGACUCCGACACUAUUCUGACCCCGGUAGUGGAGGGGACUUCGCUGCCACCUGGCACUGGGAAAUUCACCAGAGCCGACUUCAGCGGCUAUCAAGACAAGAUUGUUCUAGAGCUGCACAACUACCAAAACCAAGCCGACAACUGCACAGCGCUGCAGGCCGACCUGCUCAAAGCAGGAUUCGAGGCGCUCGUGGACGGCGCCACCAACCAAUUUCCCCUCGCCAUGACCGAAUUCGGCUUCGCCCAGGAUAAUGAUACCUGGAAGGGCGUGUAUGCCGCGUGCCUGGGAAAGUUCCUCCCCGAUCAAAAGGCCAGCUGGUUCAUAUGGGUCCUGUCAGGUAGCUACUACAUCAGAGAAGGGACACAGGACUACGACGAGCCGUGGGGCCUCUUGACUCACGACUGGUCUGCAUGGAGGUCGCCAGGGUUUGUGGAAAGAGGUCUCAUCCCCAUGGUCAAUGCAACGCUGUCGGCACUACCUGCCAUUAAUCAGACCAAGUCCAGCCCGGGGCCAAGCAGUGGCGACACAGACAAGAAAUCGUCCGGACCGCCGGCCUACACGGCCUGGAGCCUGUCACGCCUGUGUUGCACAGCAUCCCUACUCAACAACUUCGACUACGCAGCGCGAUGUCCCACCCCUGUCGGAUGGCAGCAUCUCCACCUCUCUCUCCACGUCUCAGGACCCGUGAUACCUGUUUUCGGUAAAACGUGGCGUGUCAACAAUUUUGGAAGUACAAGCCUGCAGGCGGGUCGCACGUAUUGCGAAGACCGACACGACGUGUAA